AUGCGUUUUGAAAAUCAGAUUUGUGUUGCCUCUGCUUCCCUCGCUUAUAUCGAUGUUGCAUGCAGCAUCACUUGCCCUGGCUUUUGUUUGAGCUGUCCCAGGAACCUUCAUUGUCCUCGUGAUUCGACAAAGGCUUUGGUUAGAGUGAGGUUUUCGGUUCGCUGUUCGGUACCAGAGUCAAAGAAUGGAGCUACUAAAGUGGAGUAUACUCCUUGGCUUGUUGUAGGCCUGGGUAACCCUGGAAGUAAAUACCAUGGAACUAGGCACAAUGUGGGAUUUGAAGUAAUUGAUAACAUUUCUAAAGCAGAAGGGACUCGGAUGAACACAAUACAGUCUAAGGCAUUGAUUGGAAUAGAUUCUAUAGGAGAUGUACCAAUUUUGCUUGCAAAGCCUCAAACAUACAUGAACUUUAGUGGUGAAUCGGUUUAUGAUGAAAUGAGUCUUCCAAAUGGUGUUUUAAGGCUUCAACCUAAAGGAGGACAUGGUUACGACAAUGGGUUUAAGGAGGUGAUGGUGUUAGCACAUUGCCCAAAUUAUGAAAGGUUCCCUUCCCCUACAAGUAUAAACCAGACUCCUUGGUUAGUGAAAAUGCACCUGAAACCUUUCGCAACAGCCUUCGGACAAACACCGGGACCCAACCUACAGUUUUGAGGAACACAUUCAAGUUUUGUAACACAAUAAGAGUACUUACUUAUACUGAUUGAAACUCACCAGUUAUGCACUAUAGUUUGUGGAUUGAGCUUAGAUGGAAAUGCAUAGAAGGUUUCUUCCCUAAAGAGUUAUCACAAUAAGAGUCAAAUCUAUGAACACAUGUACGAUUUAAGAACGUGACAUCGUAAAUACAUAAAAGCAUUAUGUAUAUAUAGUGAUUAUACCAGUUCACUGGAGUCCAGUUUUCCAAACGGGCUAUUUCUUGCGCUUUCAGUACGAAAUAUUGAUAGCCAUGUUUCGGAGUCAAGUUGUUAGUCUGGAGCCUGCAUUUCAGUUUGUGGUCAAAACACCGAAUAGGCAUCAAGCAUAAACAUUGUGAAAAGAUGAAGUGUCUAAAAUGGGAAAAGAGAAGCUGAGAAACUAGAUUGUCUGUUUGAACAUCGAAGCUCUGCACGGUGGAAAAAAAAAAAGAAAAGAAAAAAUAUGACGGGAUCACUUUACCAGUCCUAUACAUAUGAGAA